AUGGUUAGUGUGGAUGGGUUACAAUCUGCCGCAGGAGUAUCCAAAAAAGCUAUGAGCGAAUAUUCUCGUCGAGAAUUGCAAGAAGCAUUUUCAAAGUGUGAUUUGGAGGGUACUGGAACAACGUCUAUCAAGAAUCUUAAAACUAUUUUGCGGUUUCUUGGUUUUGAGCCACGAAAUGAUGAGAUUCGAGCUUUGACUGCGAAGAUGGGUGAGAAUGAAAUUCGACGGAAAGACAGAGUUACAUUUGAUGAACUCGCCAAUUUAUUGAGCGAAAAACUUGAUGAACGAAAUCGCAUCAAAGAAAUGCAUGCUGCUUUUGAGUUGUUUGAUUCAGAUUCUAAAGGAUAUAUUGACAUUGGUGACUUAAGAAAAGUAGCUAAGGAAUUGGGCGAGACAAUAGCGGACGAUCAGUUAAGAGAAAUGAUUAUGGAAGCAGAUACUCAAGGAAACGGUCAUGUUUCUGAAGCAGAUUUUUGUGCUGUGAUGAAAAAAACUGCUCUUUAUUGA